AUGUUAAAUUCAACUUUAUCAACUUUGUCUUUUUUCGUCCUCGGAGCUUAUGUGCACGUUGGAAACCUGAAGUACUUUUAUUUUCUGCUGACUGCGAUGUUGUAUGUUGUUAUUGUUGUUGCCAACACGUCUCUGAUUGUGGUUAUCUGUGUGAACAGAAGCUUACAUGAACCUAUGUACAUGUUUCUGUGCAGCCUGUUUGUAAAUGAACUGUAUGGUAGUACAGGGUUGUUUCCAUUCCUGCUGCUUCAGAUCCUCUCUGACAUUCACACUGUCUCUGCUUCAGCUUGUUUCCUGCAGAUUUAUUGUCUGUACACAUAUGCAAAUAUAGAGUUUUGUACUUUAGCCGUCAUGGCUUAUGACAGAUAUCUGGCCAUCUGCUGUCCUCUGCAGUAUAACACACGCAUGACACCAGACAGAGCAGUUGUCUUUAUUAUCGUCAUCUGGCUGGUCUGUUUUGUUAAAUUCUUAAUAACCCUUUCUUUAAACCUCCGUCUGACGCUAUGCGGGAACAUAAUCAACAACCUGUAUUGCCGUAACUACCUCAUUGUUAAGUUGAUGUGUUCUGACACCAGAGUCAACAACAUCUACGGACUGUGUGCCAUUGCUGUCACCGUCAUAGUCCCUCUGCUCCCCAUCCUUUUCUCCUACAUGAAAAUUUUCCAGAUUUGUUUUUCUGGUUCGAAACAGACGAGACAGAAAGCCGUCAGCACCUGCACACCUCACCUCAUCUCUCUGCUCAACUUUUUCUGCUGCUGCACAUUUGAAAUCAUUCAGAGCAGGUUUGAUAUGACGAGUAGAUCCAGCGUGCUGCAGAAUUUUCUGUCCUUGUAUUUUGUGCUGCUGCAGCCGCUGUUGAAUCCCAUCAUGUACGGACUGCAGAUGUCAAAGAUACGGAACAUGUGUAAACAUGUCCUGUGUUAUAAACUGUUGGCCGGCCGCAGAGAUCAGAUGCAGAUGUGCUAA